UAAGGUUUGACAUACUAUAACGUUUGUAGUAAUAUCCUGUACCUUCUCUAGUCAGAAAACAUCUUGUGCAGUUAUUUCUUCCGUAUUUGGUCAGCUGGUGAAAUUGUGUUCAAUAUUGCAGUUCUUGAUUAUCGAGAGCAUAGGGAAGAAGGUGCUGCUGUUCAGAGGAUACAUGAUUGUGUCUGUGAUGCUGGUCCUCAUCACCAUCACUCUGUCCCUGCAAGAUUACGUCUAUUGGAUGCCAUACUGCAGCAUGGUCCUCAUUUUCUUAUUCAUUGUGUCUUUUUCUUCGGGACCAGCUGGAGUCAUAGCUCCUCUUCCAGGAGAAAUCUUAACUCAGUCUUAUAAAUCAGCUGGAUAUACACUGGCCUGCACUCUCAACUGGACAAGCCUGUUUUUGUUGGGGAUGGUCUUCCCUUUCAUUGUACGGUAUCUGGGUGCCUUCUGCUUUCUCAUAUUUCUGUUCUUCUGCAUGCUCUGUGGUCUGUACACGAGGUUCAAUGUUCCUGAGACCAAGAAUAAAACGGCACUGGAGAUCGCUGCAGAGUUUGAAAAGAUGCACACCAAAAAAUCCCCAGAACCAGACGUCGGUGUAAUCAAAAUAUGUGAGAGUAAACUCUGACUCUAUUCAAAUAAACCGGCAAUCAUGUGGCUGCAUGAAUUUGCUUUGUUUAUGUGUGUGUAUUGUAUGGUUAUAUUUGUGAGGACUAAAAACAAUGUAUAAACUGUGAGGGCAUUUUGGGAAAAUGGGUUAGACAUGGACCAUUUUAGCUGUUUUUUCAGGCUUCAUCCAUUUAAUGCAACUAUAUAGUUAUUUCCUACUAAAUAAAGUUUCCAUUCAACAUUGAA